CCCGCUGCUGUCUUGUAUCUAGUUCCGAUUGCACUUCCGAGCUACAGUUACGCCAACCGAACCAGACUUGGCCCAAGGCACCCUGAUCCCGACCUUUGAUUCCGGGGGCCUGGUCCCACCAUGGCUACCGGACGCCUUAGAUACAGUCCUACCCCCACCAUCGGAUGUCUCAGAAAAUCAAAACAAACAAGUUUCGAGUUUGAAAAACUAAGAUCAGAAAACGUCUCAACUCUCUCAUCCGCCGCGCUCACCGCCGACACGACCCUCUGGUUUAGAAUUGGAGAUCGCUGGUUCAAUAGCCAAUAGGUUAUCCGUUAAACACAAAAGUCUAUGAAACCAUAAACAAAUCACCUGAGCCAACUGCACCACACCAAGACAAAAACAACAGAAGCAAUGGGCGGGAAUUACCGUUUGAGACAGUUGCACAGUAGCUGCCCCAUUCCGACCAUCAAUUUCCAAUCAGCAAAACCCAAAAACUCAAACUCUUCAAAGAAAACAUCAACGUCCCAAAAAACUGCAAAACUGCAAAACUUAAGCACCACAGACUCUGACAUUGUAAAAUGGAACAUUGCCAUAACCACCCACAUGCGAAAUGGCCUGUGCGAAUCCGCUCUUCGAGUGUUUAACUCCAUGUCUCGAAGAAGCUCGGUAUCGUACAAUGCAAUGAUUUCUGGGUACUUACGGAAUCACAAGUUUGAUCUCGCGAGGGACUUGUUUGAUAAAAUGCCUGAGAGAGAUUUGUUUUCUUGGAAUGUGAUGUUAACUGGGUAUGUCAGGAAUAGAGAUCUUAAAACUGCGCGUGCUUUGUUUGAGAGGAUGCCGGAAAGGGAUACUGUUUCUUGGAAUGCCAUGUUAUCUGGGUAUGCGCAGAAUGGGUUUGUUGACGAGGCUAGAGAUAUUUUUGAUAAGAUGCCGCUUAAGAAUGGGAUUUCGUGGAAUGGGUUGCUUGCAGCAUAUGUGCAGAAUGGGAGGAUAGAGGAUGCAAAGAGGUUGUUUGAGUCGAAGAUGGAUUGGACGCUUGUUUCUUGGAAUUGUUUGAUGGGUGGGUUUGUGAGGAAGAGGAGGUUAUUGGAUGCCAGGAGUGUUUUUGAUAGGAUGCCUGUGAGAGAUGAGAUUUCGUGGAAUACUAUUAUUAGUGGUUAUGCACAGAAUGGAGAGAUGGACGAGGCACGAAGAUUGUUUGAGGAGUCUCCAAUUCAGGAUGUGUUUACAUGGACAGCUAUGGUUUCUGGAUAUGUGCAAAACGGGAAGCUGGAUGAAGCAAGAAGUAUUUUUGAUAGGAUGCCUGAGAAGAACUCAGUUUCUUGGAAUGCAAUGAUUGCAGGGUAUGUAAAAUGUAAACGAAUGGACAUGGCAAGAGAAUUGUUUGAGGAAAUGCCUUCUAGGGAUGCUAGUUCUUGGAAUACGAUGAUUACUGGAUAUGCUCAGAGUGGAAAUAUUGCUCAUGCUAGGAACUUGUUUGAUAACAUGCAUCAACGUGAUUCUAUUUCCUGGUCAGCUAUGAUUGCUGGCUACUCUCAAAACGGUUACAGUGAAGAGGCUUUACAUUUUUUUGUAGAAAUGCAAAGAGAUUGUGAAAGGUUGAAUAGAUCAUCAUUUACCUGUGCUUUGAGCACAUGUUCCAACAUUGCAGCUUUGGAAUUGGGGAAGCAGUUGCAUUGCCGGCUGGUCAAGGCUGGGUACCAGACUGGGUGGUACGUGGGGAAUGCUCUUCUUGCGAUGUAUUGUAAGUGUGGAAGUAUAGAUGAGGCACGAGAUGCAUUCGAAGAAAUACUAGAAAAGGAUGUGGUGUCUUGGAACACAAUGAUUCAUGGUUAUGCAAGGCAUGGUUUUGGGGAAGAGGCUCUGACAAUUUUUAAGUUAAUGAAGACCGCAGGAAUCAGGCCAGAUGAUGCCACUAUGGUUUCUGUAUUGGCUGCUUGUAGCCAUGCUGGCUUGGUAGACCAGGGCAGUGAAUAUUUCUACUCGAUGAAUCGUGAUUAUGGUAUAACUGCAAAAUUAGUGCACUAUACCUGUAUGGUUGAUCUUCUAGGUCGAGCAGGGAAACUAGAAGAGGCCCAGAAUUUGAUGAAAAACAUGCCUUUUGAACCAGAUGCUGCCACCUGGGGUGCUUUGCUUGGUGCAAGCAGAAUUCAUGGCAAUACAGAAUUGGGUGAAAAGGCUGCUCAGAUCAUCUUUGAGAUGGAACCUCAUAAUUCAGGAAUGUAUAUACUUCUCUCAAAAUUAUAUGCAGCUUCAGGAAGAUGGUCUGAUGCUGGUAAGAUGAGAUUAGAAAUGAGGAAUAAAGGUGUGAAGAAAGUACCUGGGUACAGUUGGCUUGAAGUUCAAAAUAAAAUUCACACAUUUAAAGUUGGGGACACUUCCCACCCGCAUACAGAUAAGAUAUAUACCUUUUUAGAAGAGAUGGAUUUGAAACUGAAGCAGGAGGGAUAUAUCUCCUCUACAAAGUUGGUCUUUCAUGAUGUGGAAGAGGAAGAGAAGGUGCAUAUGCUCAAGUAUCACAGUGAGAAAUUAGCUGUGGCAUAUGGCAUUCUGUCCAUUCCUGCUGGGAGACCGAUCCGUGUGAUAAAAAACUUGCGGGUGUGUGAAGAUUGUCAUAAUGCCAUUAAGUACAUAUCAAAGAUUGUGGGAAGAUUGAUCAUCCUAAGGGAUAACCAUCGCUUUCACUACUUUGAGGGAGGAUCAUGUUCCUGUAGAGAUUUUUGGUGAUCUAGCAAAACUAAUGAUUUUUGACGCUUAUAGAGUUGCAAAUAUACUCAGUAUAUGUCAAAUUCUUACAUGUUGAAUUUUCCUGUAUCUGAAUAAUUGAACGUGGUGACUCUUGUAAGAAAAGGAUAGAGGUCCGCUCCUGCUGCUGUAUGCAAAAAGGACUGUUGAUUGUGAAAAGAGGAUUGUUGAAGGUAUCCAGAAAUGAGAUUACUUUUGAUUUUUUGAGAAAAGAUAUCCUGGAUUCCUUGAAAAAUUUAGAAAAUGGUAACAGAGUUCCAGUAUUUCCGAACAUGUUUCUUGUUGAUUGGUAGUGGGAGGUUGUGUGUUUAGUAUAGCUUCUUCAUUAAAUGUAACAGAGUUUCUCGCAUCUAAGAGAUCAUAAACCUCAGGGACCUUGUACAGUACUUACCAUAAACAGGACUAUGUAGUGAAAACAUCCAGAAUUCUCUUGUUUUGCUCAUUGAUAGGCCGGACAAGGUGGUUUUUCAGAAUCCAUUUGAGGAGAGGGGGAUGAUGAGAAUUAUCUUGCUAUAUCAUAGGAUCCAUUAUAUUUGUUG